AUGGUUGAUAACAAAGAUCAGUGUAAAGUGAGGUGUUACGCAGAGAACUUCUGUUCAUCCUUCAAUCUUGGAAUUUCAGAGACCAGGGGCAAAUUAAAAUGUGAACUCAGUGACUCUGAUCACUUUCAACAUCCUGAACAUCUCAUUUGUAAGAAAGGCUUCUCCUAUCAUCCAACCAUGGUAGGUAUACUGCAAAGAAAAGGAAAGGCGAAAAUAUACUCCCCCACCCCCAUACCUCUCCUUAUUCUUGACCGUCGCUCACCCGCUUGGUACAAGUUUCUUUUUCUCCCCAUCCUUCCGCUGCCAUUAGAAUAAAAGAUGGCGGCCAUAAUUUACCCUAAGAAAUAUGAGCACGCGCUCGCCAAUACUACGCCUACCCUGCAGGCUAGCAUGAACCUUCAGUACGACCUGGAUAACUGUUGAUAAAAAGAAAGUGCAUUUUUGUAUGGGUCAUUUCCAAACUACAUUUACCUGGAUAAGAUGACAAGAUAAAGUAUAAACUAUCGACCGGUAGGAGUUGAAGAAAAGUUCAUCCAGCCAACUUAAAACUUUAAGGAAAACUUCAAAUUUCUGAAAAUAUUAUAGUACACAUAAUUUCUUUGUGAUAUGGUUAUUUAUUUUUUUUUUAGAGGGCACGGUAACGAAUCCUGCAAUCUGAUUGGUUCUUUACCCGGUCAGUAUUUUCCUAUCUCUGCCCACGGGCAACGGUAACGCUUUCUUGAGUCGCCGAGUACAUCCCUUCAUUCGUUGCUAUUUUUCAUAUAUAUAUCUCGUUUUACCGGCUGGGCAGUAUUUUUAAGCAAACACAUCGGUUACUACCUCAAGCCGACUUAUGAAUCCUCUCCACUUUUCUCUCUCUUAAAUCACUUUGGUUGACGAAGUAAUAUUGGUUUCAGAAUGAAUUUGUAUAAGCAAUAGUGUCAUUACGUUGGUUGACAAGCGGCCUAAAAACCGUCUGCAAUUGAUUUUAAUCAUUCAUAAAAAGUACCUUGAGAGUUAAAACGCGAGGUAUUUGGUUUAUAUAUUAAAAUAUCUGAAUUAUCUCAAACAAUUUGUUCGUAGUGAAAGAGCGAGCGAAGUUUUAAUUUCAGUUCGACAAUGAAUAUACGCUCUCGGUGAGUCUUUCCAAGUCCGUUCAAUUUGGACAUUUGGACCAUAAAUUGCACAACAGAAACUGAAGGAAUUUACUGAGAAAAGGCCGCAUUAAAUCCUCUUGUGUCUCGUUGGAGUGUGCCGUUCGAAUUUGUGGAGGAAAGACCAGAUUUACACACGCCGUUGCAGCAAACAAAUGGGCAAACUCUCACACCUUCAAAAUAAAAAAUUUGAAUUUACUCACAAUUACUUUCCUGGCAGUUUACUUAAUGAACAGAGGUAAAUCUUCGUACUUGAAUGAAUCGUCGAUGAGAGUGAAUAAUACUUUCCGUUAGAUCAUUGACUGUUUUUUAAGAAAACAUUGUCAUGACAGACCUUGCCAAACUAGUUCCGUUGUUUUUCAAAUCUUCUUGCGCUUUUUUUUCUUACGCGCUCUCUAAUUGAUAGGUGUCAGAUUGUGACAGAUACUUGUAAAAAUAAUGUUUCAAACUUUGUUUGGAAGCCUUUUAAAUCACCCUUAUCAUUACGCAAGUGAAAAUGUUUCCGUGAAGCAUCUCUCUUUAAUUUGUAUCACCACUACUUUAACUACCAUAUACUCGCUCAAAAAUUGUUCAGUUUAUGGAAGAUCUUGCCGUAUUUAUAGCCCUAAAUCAUUCGGGUUCUUUCAGAAUGUAUUUCGUUAAGUUUAAAAAAAAUAUAUGUUUACCGGCUAAGGGUUGGUCCGUAUGGUGAAAAACUGUGACCGGAGGUCUUGAAAAUGCUGCCCGAGGCCGUAAGCCGUAUUAGCCGGCAAAUAACAUAUAUUUGUUUCAGUGAAAUAUCACUAAGAAAUCUUUUUUAUCUUUUUCGUUUUCAACAGAAGUUAUGUGGCACAUCUCCUUGUCCCCCAGCUGCUUCUUGUGUACCAACUAUUCACGGAAAACUCCGCUGCGUUUGUCCUGCUAAUUGGACUAGAACUGAAAGCUGCGAAAGAGGUUUUUAUUAUUAUCGCUAUAUACCCUUUGUUAUACCUGUUUGACAUAAAGCGUUGCUCGUAAUGAUCUACGAUAUGAGAGAAAGCCUUCACCUUUCCACGCGCACUCAAUUUUUUUGUAUGUUAGGGAACAAUUAUUUUACUGUUAGCGUUGUGCAAUUUGACAAACAAAAGUGCUAUGCUUUAGCAGUAUAGUCGCAUAGAUUGCGGAAAUAGUUAGUUAAGCAGUCUGGUCCUCGCCAUGUACCAUUAGCGCGGUGCCUUUUUUCAUACUAAAAUAACGUCGAGAGAAUGGUUUGAUAGUAGUCUUCCUGAAAGCAUUAUUGACUAGUGUUUAAUCGUUAGUUAACGUAGGGUCUCUUUAUUUUGUUGAAGAUACGGACGAGUGUUCCUCUGGAUCGCAUGACUGCUCAGCGUACGCGUACUGCAACAACACUUUGGGCUCCUUUACCUGCACUUGUAAAGCUGGAUUUUCAGGAGAUGGCAAAGAGUGCAAAAGUAAGAAACCGGUAUUUUGUUUUAUUUUUAUUUAAUUCUUUUUCUUAGCGUUGUUAACUUCAAAAAGUUAUGUUAUCACUUUAUACUUCUUAUAAAGAUCCUCUACGUUUCUAGAUAAUGCUCAAAAAUGGACUCGAUGUCACCCAGUUUCACAGUGGAGUACUACUCAGAAACAAAGUGACACUUUACUGACAUAAAAGGUUUUUUAAAAGAACUGUAGAGACUGUGUUCAGAGCCAAAGAUAAAUGACAAUAAAUCUACCAAAAUUUAGCUGUUUCUUACUCUGGAGAGUGUCACGGUAUGAUUUCUGGUAACGCGUACAAAGUGUUCAUUAAGUGUUAA